AUGCUUAUUGUUGCUUUACUUCUUUUUAGAUUAACUAUGUUGGCAAGUGUUUUGAUCAUACUUUGUUUAUUUCAUCAUCAUAUCAUUGCAUUUAAUGUUAUACCUGAUGAAGGAGAUACAAGAGAAUUAGGCAUACGAUUUAAACAAGCAAUUAAAGAUGCUAUUAAAAAAAUCGAUAAUCUCUCUAUUAGUAUAAAAUCAUUUUUAUUUUUAUGGAAUAAUAAUUUAUUUAUUUAUGUUUAUACGGCUCAUCGUUGUCAUCUAUUACAUGCUAAAUUAUGGGAUAUGGAAAGUAUUGAUGAAUUUACUUUUGUUCUCAAUCGAAUAUAUACUAAAACUCAAUCAUAUGAUAGUCCUCGUAUUGCUAUUAAUUUUACUCAAGGCAGGCGUCUAUUAAAUUUACGAAAAAAAAUUAUUGAACAACAAUAUUUAUUUAUUAGUAAUAUAAAUGAAUAUUCAUUAAUUUAUAAACCAUUGAUAGAUUUUCCAGCAAGAAAUACUUGUUUAAUUAUUGAUAUAAGUAAAGCAACAAAACGUGUAUCAUUAGAAGAAAAAUUUCGUUUAGAACGACGAAGUGAUCAUUAUAUAUGUAAAAUGAAAAUAAAUAGUUGUUAUAAUAACACACGUUGUGGUCAAUAUGGAAAAUGUAAAAAUUUAAUAUCAAAAUAUAUAUGUAUUUGUAAUUUUAUGUAUACUGGUGAACAUUGUGAGAAAUGUAAGUAA